AUAGUCAAAAUAAAUAUUCGUUCUCAACUAUAAUGGAACGAAACAAUCACCUUUUUGCCACCUUGAUUUUGCAGCCAGCUAUUACAAACAACUGAAACGUACACUCAAUCUAACGAAUAUUUUUUGGAUAUUUACGAUAACAUUUUUGUUUUAAUCAAUUGAAAAAAAAACAAACUGUUUUAUAAUGAAUUAUAAAGAAUAUAAAAUUGUCAAUGUAAGUAAAUAAAAAUAUAUAUUAAUUUAUAAUUAUAUUUAUUAUUAUAUACUAGUAAUAGAACUAGAGUUUACUAGUGUCUUGAGUCUAGAGCCAGGGCCUUCCCAAUGCCCUAUCAUACUGAGGGCCUAGGGCGGGUAGGGCAGCGCUUAGGCUGCUUCAAUUAAGUACUUGCCCACUUAUAAAUACAUAAUAAAUAAUUAAGAUGGGGGGUGUUGUGUUAUCCACGGUCCACAGCUGAUAAAUCAAUAAAUGGUUUACUACUGCUGGUAGCAAUUUAAAAAAAAAAGAAAGAAUGUGUAGCGGAAUUAUGGCCUUUGAAUUAUUGAAUUUAUUUUUUGCUUUAACUUUAAUCUUCUGCCUAAGAGGAUAGGGUUGGCAUCCGUCCCAAAAUUCUAAAAAGAUAGGGUUGCCAUCCAUCCCGAUAUAUCGGGACCGUCACCGUUAUUAUGAACCUUUUUGUCCCCACAUCCCGACAAGACCCAAUUUUGUCCCGAUUUGCAAAAUACUGUUACAAGCUUGGCUCAAGUACUGAAGUAACGCCAACUGUUAGUGCAACAUAUAAAUGCAGCCACUGUGGAAAGAUUAUUUUCGCUGAUGUCGGCCCAGUGGACUGAUGAAAGAAAUGGACUGCUGUCAGGGACUGUGGAAUCAAUCUUACAGUGCCAGUUUAACUAAAAGCUGACUUGCAUGGAAUUUUAUAAAUACGUAAAAGGGAAAAAAGACUUGCUGAAAAAAGUGAAAUCUUCUGAAAAAUAUGGUGCACCUAGUACUUCUGCCGCAACAAGUUCCAUGUAAUUGUGUUCUAAAUAAAAAGUAAUUAUAUUAAAUACAUUUUUUACUUCAUUUCUACACCCCCAUCUCAGAGUGUCCCGAGGAGGUCCCAGCUAGAUAUGGAAACCCUAUAAGAAGAUGAUUACGUCCUAAGCCUAAGGAGUCCUAACGGAAAUCUAUGAAUCUGUUCAAUUUUACCUAUAAGUAUUUAUAAGCCAGAAUAAUGGAUUGAAAUUUUAUUUGAUCAUAAAUAAUCAUGUUAUGCGGAUUAGCAAGCAGGUUAGGUUUGCUGAUUAGUUCUGGUCUGUAGAUCAACACUUGGAAACAAUAUUUAAGAUGGGAUUUCAACAAAUAAAACAAAAAACAAGCAGGCUAACUUAGAGUUGUUUUUCAAUUAAUAAUUUAUCUUAUUUCUACACUGAUGUAAUAAAUGAUGAAUUAUAAUUACUCAGUCUUUUGAUUGAAAGACACUUUUAUUUUCUACACUUUCCAUUCCAAGGCACCAUCUUCAGUUUAUUAUAUUCCUGACUUUAUUAGCAAGACAGAAGAGGAUCUUCUUCUAAAUAAAGUUUAUUCUGCACCCAAGCCAAAAUGGACACAGCUAUCACACCGAAAACUGCAGAACUGGGGUAGAUUUUGAAAGCUUUAAAUAUAGUUUGAUUUUCACAAAUUUAAACAUCUGGGCAAAUUAAAGUUAAUGAAUUCAUGUACAAAAGUUUCCGUUUUAAAUUCUGUGCGAAAUGGAUCUUUUAUAAAAGGUAUGUUACUAAAUUAAAACUGCAUAAAAUUUCAUAACAAUUUGUCAUUAUUUUUCAGGAGGGCUGCCUCAUGUUAAGGGUAUGGUUGCGGAAGCUUUGCCUUCAGUAAGUCAUGCUUUUAAUAACCAGGCACAAAUAUCAUUCAGAAUGAUGUAUGGAAUUCUAACAUCUAGAAACCAGUGAAGCCUUCAAUAGAAAGGUUCAAUUGUGGCAUUUUUAUGUUUCAAAUUAUAAUUUUAGAAUUUAUAUUUCAUUAAUUAUUUCUUAUAAACUGGACUUCUACUUUUUUAUUCAUAAGGCUUUACUCAUAUGUUAUACCUGACAUGUGAUACGUGACACUUUAAUAUUUAAACUAAUUUUUAAAAAAUUUUAAAUUUGCUUUAAUUUAAUUAUUUGAAAACAUUUUUUUAAAUGGUAAAAUCCUAUAAACAAUGUUUAAAUUAAAGAGACUUAAUGCACUAAGAUAGUUUUAUUUAACCUCUUUGAUAAAUUACAAAUUCUUAUUAGAUAUAAUGAAUUCCGGACCAUCAGUUCAGUUUUUCUUUGGAAUUAUUCACUAGAUUUUAUUUUAGCAAUGUAAUGUAUAGGGAAAAAAUUGUAUUUAUCAUUUCAGUGGCUUCAGUGUUAUGCUGACAAAAUUGGGCAACUUGGAAUUUUUGAAGAAAAAAUUCCUAAUCAUGUACUAGUGAAUGAAUAUUUACCUGGUCAGGGGAUUAUGGUACUAUUUUCAUUUAUUUAUUCUUUUCAUCUGUGUACUGUACAUGUUUCAUUAAUGUCAUCUUGUUGUGUACAUUCACAUUUAUAAAAUCACCUCACAGCAUAGUUAUCGGGAUUAUGUUUAUGCUGUAGUUUUAUUCUAGUCUAUUCUUGUUCAUCAACAAAUUUACUUUUCCUUUCUAAAUUAUUUCAGCCCCAUGAAGAUGGACCACUUUUCUACCCAACAGUUUCAACCAUCAGCCUAGGCUCACAUACAAUGUUAGAUUUUUAUCACCCUUUGAAUCAAGAAGGAAUCCACCAGGACAGCUCACCCAGCUCCAGUGUGUCACAUGAUAGUUCUGGGGUGUUGCAUGAUAGCUGUAAUGUGUCACAUGAUGGAUGCAUGGAAACGGUUACUCCAUUAGAAGCAGAAGACACCAACUGCAACCUGAACUCAACGGUCAAUUCAUUAGAAGUAGAAGACACCAACUGCAACCAGAACUCAUCAUUUGAGAGCCGUAGGUUGUUGUCGAUUCUCCUUGAACCGAGAAGUUUAGUUUUAGUAUGUGAUGACAUGUAUAAAGUUUAUCUGCAUGGGAUUUCAGAGAGGGAAACUGAUGUUUUGUCUGAAAAAGUGGCCAAUUUGUCGGCCAUAUCAGCAUCAGGUGGUGAUGUGCUAAGAAGAAGUAGGAGGGUUUCAUUGACCUUUCGUUUUGUGCCUAAACUAUUGAAAGCAAAACUGAUUUUUGGCAAAAAAUAGCUUCAUCUAUGCAAAAUCUGUGCUUUGUUCUAUAAAAAAUUAAUUUAUGCAAUAUUUUAUAAAUAUUGACUAAAUGUGACCAUUAUUAUUCAUCUGAAUUUCAAAUAAAAGUGAAAUUUUUUUUACAAUAUUUUUCUCAAAGAUGUUUCUUAUUUGUUUGUAUUUUGACCUGAAACCCUAUUAAUCAAUGGCACAUAGUUCAGUCAUAGCACUCUAACUAAUUCAAAAAUGGGUAGGAUUUUUGACAUU